CGAUGGGUUCAAUUCAUCUGGUAUUCCUUGUUGGUGCCUUGGUAUGCCUGAUUAUAACUUCAACAGAUGCAUCACCUAGUACAUGGCAGUUUCAGUACAACACGUCCGUCUGCUUCAACGAUGGCGAGAACGCUACACUAACAUGGAGAGUGACUCUGAACUCGGGGGAAGAGAUCGGAGCUGUGUCCAUCUGGCAACAGCCUGUAAAGGCGGGUGGAUCACCGGUCCAGAUGUAUGGAACACCUUCUGGGAAAGAGCCAGCGUUCAGUGAUCGUGUAAUGUCGGCAUCGUUCACGGGUUCGUCUCCCGUGUAUGAUGUGGUGUUUAUACUGAAAGUUAACAACAGCGAGGAUGGAUUCGGAACCAUACAGCUACAGAGUCGUGUCGCCUCAAAGAACUUCUUAUUUGGGCAGCCUGCGUCAGAUACUCUUCUCAAAGUGCAGGGUAAUGAGCUCAUCUAGUUUUGGAUGGUCAUAAGAGUUGUAGCAGAUUUUGAUUAAUGUUUAUUUGCAGUGCUGUAGCAUAAACAUGAGUAUUGGGUGGGAACACAAGCUUUGGCUCAGGCAAACGAUUCCACAUAGAAAAGUGUACUCACUUCAAGCCCAUAACAU